UUUCAGAAAGAAGCACUGGGAAUCGAGUGUUGCAGGCUGCGCUUUUCUGUGCCUUUCUCGUGGUUCUCGUUCACGGUCGAGAUGAGGCUUGCCAGCUCUGCACGUGUACACGAACAAAGGUCGUGGACUGUACGGGCAAAGGUUUGACGUCUGUGCCUCCUGGAAUACCACAAGAUACUGCUAUUCUGGAGCUUGGACAUAAUAAUCUUACCAGAAUAAAUGAGCAAACCUUCAUGAACCUCACCAGACUCUUAACAUUGAAUUUAUUAUGGAAUCAAAUAUCUACGAUUGAGCCAGGAUGCUUUAGUGGACUUUCCAGGUUGCUGCGUUUAAACCUUGGUUUCAAUCAACUAGAGAAGCUGGAUGCAGACAUCAUUUUUGGCGUCGGUAGAGAACUGUGGUUUGAAAUGAGGGUGGAUCACAACAGACUGAAGAUAUUGGACCCGCUGACAUUCAGUGGAAUAUCAUAUCCCGGACGCAUUAACUGUGACGGUAAUCGUCUACUGGAGAUUCCAUCACGGCUGAUGUAUCAAAAACACAAAGAAAGUACCGUAAAUAUAUUGAUUUUUACAAAUAACCAAAUUGAACGGCUAGCACCAGAUGCAUUCGAAGGACUGAAAUACAUACAUAUGUUGUAUUUCUCUUCCAAUAGAAUAAAAGCUCUCCCCGACAGUAUUUUUAUCAACACGACUAUAGGAAAUACCUUGGACUUGUCUUCGAAUAUGAUCAGGUGCCUCCCAGAUGGCCUUUUCCGGUCGAUGAGUAAACUCCGUUAUUUGUACAUGGGAAAUAACAUGCUGACCGUACUCUCGAAGAAGAUGUUCGACGGAUUACGCUCUUUAAGAGAACUAUUGAUCUCAGACAACCCCAUUAUCCACAUCGAUGACCGGGUGUUCUCUGAAACUCAGCUGGUCAACCUGUACAUUUACAACACCCAACUGAAGUCCAUUUCUGACAGGCCAUUUGUGACAAGAAAUAGUACCAUAAUGCUAGUGUCACUUUAUGGUAGCAACAUCGAAGCUAUCUCGGAUUCUGUUUGGCAAGAUUUGGGACUGAAUAGCAGAAUAUUCAUCGAAAAUACUCUGCGAAGAGUACAUCAGGCAAGAUCAGACGUAGAAAUUGGUUUGGUAGGAAGUGGAUUUGUUCAGCCAAUAAAUGUUUCGUCUCAAAGUCGAAAAGCCUUAAUUACCUCUGGAUUUCACUGUGGAAAAGUAUACGGUGAGCGAUGGCAAUGCACCCCAUGCCCCCAAGGCACUUACGGAGGCCCUUGGGGGUCAUGCAGGGCCUGUCCAUUCGGUGGAUUUUUCCAAAACCGAACCGGACAAGUCUUAAAGACAGGGGCUGACAUGAACUGCCUUUCCUGCAACAAUGGCACCUACGUGACACCGGCGGCUUGUCCUGGAAGAAGUAUUGGUGAUUGUGUGGUUUGUCCGUCGGGCACGGAUAAAAGUCGCCACGCUGGAUUCCGCGCGUGCCCUUGUGCAUCCAAUUACUACCGCCGAGACAGGUUUGGGGAAUGCUUCUCUUGCCCCUUGGAAGGUAUCAACUGCUCGGGGGAAUACCAACACCUCGUGCCUGGAUUCUGGUGGACUUGGGACUGGGGUUCGACUGACAAUUACCAAUCUUACGAGAACUAUGUCAAAAACAUUCUUGUGAAAAACGAUAGCUAUGAUAAACACGCGUGUAAGUUCCAAGGAGUCUUGCCUAAAGUUCACUCAUGUCCAAGGAGAGCCUCGUGUCAAAAUCUAGUUGAGGGACUAAAUGCCACAUGCCAACAUGGUUACAGUGAUUUCCUGUGCUCUAAGUGCAUACCCAAAUUCUAUUCUUGGUUCGGCCAGUGCUUCAAAUGCCCAAAUUGGCGGGUGUUCCUCCUAGAAAUCCUCGCAUCUGUGCUGGCCAUCGUUGUAGCAAUAUGUAUUGUUGCAUGGGACCUUCGGAGGCAUCGUCGAAGAGGUCGCUCCGUCGUCAGUGUACUGUUCUCACGACUUAAGAUUUUGCUCGGCUUCUAUCAGAUCAUGGGAGAGAUAUUCGACGCAGUUCAUGACCUUCCUUGGCCGCAGCCUCUGAUAAAGAUCGGUUCUUUCUUCAGAGUUUUGGAGGUGAAUAUCAUGCAGUUGAUCGUGAGUCCUCGUUGUUAUUUCCCAAACUUUACCUACCCAACAGUUUACAUUGAGUUUAUAGCUGGUCUCAGUUUUUCCAUUCUUGUAAUUAUCUCGGCGUUGAGUUUGUACAAACUCAUAUGGUUGUAUCUACGCCUUAAGGAAACACCGGCCGAUGUUUGCAGUGAUGUACUGACUAAAACAAAGCAAACGUGCUAUCUCGUUGUUGUUAUUUUGCUGUUUAUUGCCUACCCAAGCCUAUCGCAUGCCAUCUUGACGUUGCUGCCGUCUGGCUGUGAUGAAUUCGACCUGGAUGAAACAGAAAAGAUCAAAGUACGUCGUCUUAGAUCAGACUUCUCCAUCGACUGUAAGACAUAUGAACAUGGCAUGUAUAUUACUGCCGCCGAAGCUUCUCUGUGCUACGUCGUAGGUUUUCCAUUAGUGUUACUAUUUAUGCUUUGGAUAAUUCGUCGAAGGAGAAAGAAGCCCAGUAAUUCCUCGAGCAUUUCAGAUUCCAGGGAUGACCUAGGCCAAACACCAUUGGACGUUGCAGACCGUCAGACCGGUCAUGACACUCACCGUCAUGAGCUGGAAGACAUCCCACAAGGUCGUAUCGAAGAUUCUGCCAAUUUGGUUUCUCAUGAUAACAUGAAUAAUAUGAUAGACACCGCGCCUAACAUUGGUCAACUCGCGUCUCCAUCGUUCCUUGCAUUAAAUAGAAAAAUUACAUGGGAAACCUUCCUGUGUGAAAAUUACAAGGAGCAGUUCUGGUAUUGGGAGAUCGUAGAGCUCGCACGCAAAAUCCUCCAAGUCCUCUUCGUUCUGUUGUUCGGUGCUGAGGAUCACUUCACCCUCUUCGCGACCAUCGUCCUAUCCGUUGGCUUUCUCGUCGUCCAUGCCUACGUUAAGCCAAUGAAGGAUGCUGCCGAACAUCGUCUUCAGAUGUGCUCCCUGGCUAGCAUCUUUCUUAAUCUGUUGGUGGCCUCUUUGCUUCUGUUGCCAAGUGACGGCAGUGGUCCCAGCGAAGCAAGGAAGAAAGUUUUGGCAGUAUUCCUGGUUCUUCUCAACCUCAGCAUCGUUGCUUUUGUGGCAGGAAGUGCGAUAUGGUCAUUUGCGAAGCUGGUUUUCAAGACAGCAUGUUGCCGGCGUGCUACCAUGUUCGUCGCCCAUGUCUGCCGCAAGCUUCUGCCACUACGACGGUACUGGGUAUCGAGACGCCGCCCAGGAAGUGAGACACAAGUUUUGUUAAGCGGAAGGCCUGUUAAUGGACAGAGUAACCAGAGAGGUUUGUCUGAGGCACGGGUUGUGUGACCGGUUUGUAUAUAAAUGGCACUGUGAUUCCUCCUUUAAGGAGCAUCACCAUCAUAGAUGAAUGUUUUUCAUUUUCUGAUGUUUUGUUUAAUUAGUCAAAUAAGACUGCAUGCAGUUUUUCUAGUCAUUUGACUAAGUAAAAUUUUCAGUGAUAGUACAUGUGAUGGACACAAAAUAGAAUUUGUGAAAAUCUUGGGCAAUGGGUUGAAAGAAAAGAGUAACAACGAUCAAAUAUUUCGAGAAAAGACUUCUCCGUCAUCAGAGGCCUUGUUGGCAGCAGUAUUGUCGACUGUCGUUUUAUCGACUCAGGACCCAGUGAAGACCUAGUGAAAAUCAUGCUUGCAGUGUCCAAAUUCGCUACCUGCGGAGUGUAGUGCAUUGACUUCGGGUCUUUGUUACUUCAUUGGAUGUAAAGGGUCGGCGCUUUGAACAUCACGGUCGUGUUUUCCUACAAGUGGCUGCCCAAACUAUGGCUGGCUGUCAGUACAAAUUAAAGUAAAGAAUUAAAAAAUCUCACACAGAAUACCUGCAGAUAAUAAUACACAUACUACUGAACACUACAUGAAAAUCCAACCCGCCUUAAAAUUGGUAGGACAAAUGUACAGUUUGAAGGAAUUUGAGGUGCAAUCUAACCAAAGGAUAAUUUUUUGCAAACUUUGGCCGCCCAUACAAAUUGUAGGCAAACUGAGGGUGGUCUAUCAACCUUGAGUAGAAGCACCCCUCCUCGAUUAAAAAAGAACCAUAUUGGUCGGGAAUAAUCAUUUUGGUUGAUAGCUAUUUAACCGCAACGCAUGUAUUUCUUUAUCGUUUGUGAACUAUAGCGAAGUGCAGUUCCCAUCGAAGGAGCUUCUGUUGCUAGGGAAAUUGUGCCUGCUCUUGGUGGCACUCGUGGCCUAUAAGCCAUUGGCCUAUUGCGCACUUCAGGUCUAUUUCCAUACCAUAUAUAUUGAAUAAUGUAGAAGUUAACAAAACUUAAGUUACAAUAGUACGGAGGAGGUUAGACAGAAAGCAAAAGCUUGUACUGGAUCUGCCCCCUGAAGUAGAAUACAUGUAAUUCACACAAUUAUUAGUGUAAAACAUUAACAAUAUAUACAGACGUGUUGAAGGUCCUUAUCAUGUAGAUAAUAACUUUUAUAUCAUGUAACGUCCUUGAUACCUGAAUAUUUUUUAAAACUUCUCACCAUGGUACAGUUUAUCGGAAAUAAAACAGAUAAACUAUACCCUGGUGAUAAAAUUUAAAUGUUAUUAAAAUAUAUAAUGUACACGUGGAUAAAAAGACAGAAGGAAUAAAAGUGUUUAAGAUUUUGACAGUA